UUUUGUACUUUCUUCUGCUUGAUAACAUUCAUUGUGAAAGUAGAUCUAGAUCUAGUCACUUUAUACUCUAGAUCUACUAGACUCUGGGUCCACAUAUCUAUAUCUAUUCUAGACUCUACUAACACUACUAAAAGUUAGUAAACUAAACAUAUCAAGCUUCACUAGAAUAAAAAAAAAACUGCACGGAAAUGAUUUGAUGUACAUCUAUGUUAAUAAUAUUGUUGAUGAAUGGAUAACAUCAACAAACUGUGCAGCUAAAGCAACAUGAGUGGAACUGCUGAGCGCAUGUCAGUGUCAUCCACAUCUCCAACAGUGUUCUUACAAUCAGCCAAAUUCAAAAUGUCAGGAGUAGAUAUCUUGUCAAGAAGUAACCUUGAUGUCAAACCGAAAUUGUUAUGUGGCAGAGAGAAACCUGUCUACCGGCACGCUCAACAUACAAACAAAGCGUUUGAAAGUUUGAAUGAAAUGAGAAGAAUGGGUCUUCUGUGUGAUGUGUGUAUAGUGGCAGGGAAACAAGAACUUCACUGUCACAAGUCUGUAUUAGCAGCCUGUAGUCAGUAUUUUUAUGCCAUGUUUACCAACGAGAUGUCAGAGUCCAAAAUGAAAAUAAUAACCUUACAAGAAAUAGACCCUGUAGCUCUGUCACUGUUAAUUGAUUUUGUCUACACCUCAGAGAUACAUGUCACCGAGGAUAAUGUACAGACUCUGUUGCCAGCUGCCAAUAUUUUACAAGUAACUGAAGUUCGUGAUGCUUGCUGUGACUUCCUCCAGGCUCAGCUUCACCCAUCCAACAGUUUAGGGAUUCGAGACUUUGCUGAUCUCCACGCUUGCCAAGAUCUUUACAACUAUGCUCAAACCUAUACAGAACAACACUUCACGGAAGUGGUCCACUACGAUGAGUUUCUGUCUAUGGGAGUAGAGGCUGUGUGUAAGCUUAUAUCCAGUGAUAGACUAACCGUCACAUCAGAAGAACAAGUCUAUGAGGCUGUGAUGUCAUGGGUCAACCACAAUCUUCCUGCACGCCAAGACUGUAUAGAACAACUUUUAGAGAAUGUACGCCUUCCCCUCAUGAACCAAGAUUAUAUAGUACAGAAAGUGGAAGAAGAACCUUUAGUUAAAGCUAAUUCUAGAUGUAAAGAUUACCUUAUAGAAGCCAUGAAAUACCAUUUGCUCAAAAAUGAACAGAAGCCCUUAUAUAAAACUCCAAGAACACAACCAAGAAAUCCUAUAGGUCUACCUAAAGUUUUAUUAGUGAUUGGUGGCCAGGCGCCUAAAGCCAUACGUAGUGUUGAGUGUUAUGAUUUUCAAGAGGAGAGAUGGUAUCAGCUGGCUGAAAUGCCAUCAAGGCGAUGUCGAUGUGGUGUAGCAGUAUUGAAUGGUCUAGUGUAUGCUGUUGGUGGUUUCAAUGGCUCUUUGCGUGUUAGAAGUAUUGAUGUGUACGAUCCCCUGAAGGACACCUGGAACUCUUGUCCCAGCAUGGAAGCCAGACGUAGUACUCUUGGUGUAGCCGUAUUAAAUGGAAAUAUUUACGCUGUAGGCGGCUUCGAUGGAGCAGCAGGUCUAGACUCCGCUGAAUACUUUGAUGUGAGAGCUGGUAUGUGGAAAUCAAUGUCCAACAUGAGCACAAGGCGGAGUAGUGUCGGUGUUGGAGUCGUGGGAGGUUUACUUUAUGCUGUGGGGGGCUACGAUGGGGCUUCUAGGUCCUGCUUAAGUUCAGUUGAGUUUUACAAUCCUGUGUUUGACACCUGGACUCUAGUAGCUGACAUGUCUUGCCGGAGGAGUGGAGCGGGAGUUGGUGUUGUUGAUGGCUUGUUAUAUGCUGUUGGUGGCCAUGAUGGGCCAUUGGUCAGAAAGAGUGUUGAGGCCUACAACCCAGAAUCCAACACUUGGACAGCAAUAGCUGAUAUGCACAUGAGUCGAAGAAAUGCAGGUGUGGUUGCUAAUGGCAACAAGCUGUAUGUAGUCGGAGGUGAUGAUGGAACUUCUAAUUUAGGCUCAGUUGAAGUGUAUGACCCUGCCACAAACAAGUGGACGUUGCUGCAGUCAAGCAUGAUGAUUGGACGCUCCUAUGCGGGUGUCACGGUUAUAGAAAGGCCGCUGAUAUAGUUAGUCUCAUAUGUUUGGAUCAGACGUUUCAAUUUGCUUCGAAAUUCCGUUCAAAAAGGCCUUCACAGUUUCAUGACUAGUAAGUACUAGUGGCAAGCUAUAAUAUUGAAAUACAUUUGGAAACUUCAAGGCUUGAAAACAAUUUCUUCAAAACCCUUUGGAACAUAGACCUCAUCAUAAGAAUUAGUAAGAGAUGUAUAAAUUACUUUGUGAAAAAUGAAGUUUGAAAAUCCAACAUCUUCUUCGAAAGUGUAUUCUCCUAGAACUUGAAGUGAGUUUAGCCAUAACUUGAGUUUUUUUUAAUUCUCCAAUCUUUUCCUUGACAUUUCUUAAUAAUGAUAAAAAAAAUAAUUUGCUCGUAACUAUAAAUAUGAUCUAAGGUUUUUUUUUAAUGUUUGGUUCUAUUUUAUUGGAAAUUUCAGGAGUGAGUUUCUGAGUAUAUCUGAUACUUAACCUGAUUGUAUUGCAAACAUUUAGAAAUGGGUCUCUUAAGUAUGAAUGAUAUAGGAGAGAAACAUUUUGUGCAAUCCUUACAGGCUCUCCUUCUUAGAAUAAUUUUGAACAGUAUUAGUAAUAAUGAACUUAGUAUUCUAAAUAGUUGAAGUACAUUUCUGUAUAUACUGUAUCUUUAUUUGUAUAAAACUGUUGUCAGUGACAGCUCAUGAAUGAAAACCUUUUCUUUUAACCUUUUACCUAGUCAAUGGCAUCAAUAAGUACAUAGAUGUUGGGUUUUUUUUAUUGCUUUUAUAUUGAGCAUUUGUCCUGCUUAUAGCAUGCUCAGUGCGCCAUGGUCCAAUCUGUUUUGUGUCAGCUGGGGGUAUCUGGGAGAAAGUUUCUGUGCUGCCUUAAUGUGCUUAGCAAACACAGCUCUGCUCAAGCCAAGAUUCAAACUUGAGCCCACUCUUGUUAAGUGGCCAAGCGGUUUUGGCCUCUCAGCCACACAUCACAUUGUUUUUUGUUUUGGUAAGUCUUUAACGUAUGUGCUAUAUCCACUUUGAACCAUGGAUGGUUUAGUUUCUUCUUGGUAAAUAAAUCUGUGACUCAUUUCUCUGUCUUGUAUAUAGAUUAUGAUUAUAGCUUUUAUAUAGCGCUACUUUCAUGCUUACAGCAUGCUCAGAGCGCUUUUGGUCCAAUCUCAUUUGUGGACCAGUGGGGGGAGGGGGUAUCUAGGAGUUGGUUUUCCGUGCUGCCUUUAGGCGCUCAGUAAACACAACUCUGCCCGAGUCGGGUGUCGAACCUCGAGCCCCCUUCUAGGUAGCCAAGCCAAGUUCAAGCACACUUGGCCUCUCGACACCACUUCCACAUUAUCUGUAUCAAGUCUCACCAUCUCAUGCUGUACCGAUUUGACCAUAUUUGUCGUAGUCAACUUAAUAAGAUUUUGUUUCGAUAGCCAGUUUGUCCUGAACAAAACUAACUAAGUAUCAGUAACACAUUUAUUCUAGACAACUCUCUCUUUAUAAUAUUCUUUCAAAACAAUGAAUUUAAUCAUCUAUUUACCAAACGUUACAAUAAAUUUGCAAAGCCCUACAUUUUAUGAAACGACUUACUAGCUACCCCUCCCCAGUGCUGCAAUACUUAAAUGAAAUAGUAGCUGCAGAAAAAGAAAUGCAGAAAACAAAACACAGAACUAAGUUGUUUUUUUCUGUUACUUGUGACUGUACACAGAUGAAGCUGCAGUCCACUUUUAGUAACAUGUUUACAUUGUUAACCAUUACACCUUCACAAUUCUGUGUCACAGUGUCUACAAAAAAAAAAUUACAGAAGAAUGAUUUUUUUUUAUAAUUUUGAAUGAUCUUUUUAAAUUUAAAGAAUUAUAAGGGGGAAUAGGAAUUUUUCAAGCGAUUAAUUCUAAAGAAAAACCUUUUUUUAAUACAACUAACCUUUUAAAAUUUGCUGUGGCAGCCAAGUUAAUGUAUUUAUGGAGUAAAGGUUUUUUUUUGUUUUGUUUUUUUUUCAUCUUUCUAUAUUAAUUCUCCAGAACAACAGCCCUUUCUGAUCCCUUAUGCUGAGGUAUUGAGAACUUUGAAAUAAAUUAGAUUGCCUUACA